AUACAAUCACAACGCGGGAUCGGCAGAAGCGUGUCCUUUGCGUGAACCCGGAUCUCACCACUCCAAAUAACCAUGGCUGGUGAGAUUCUACUUCCUCCGUCCCCUAAUUGGUUCCUUAGCAAUGCCGUGGAUUCCCGUUCGGAAGAUGGGCUCUUGGUCACAGCUUCUUUCAAAUCGAUCGUCGUCUACAAAGUUACACAGGAGAAAGCUUUGCCAAAAGUGAUUAAAUUGAUCCCUCUUGGCAAUGAAAAGGUGUUGUUAGUAAAACUGCAUCCUAAUGCUUUGGAGACAAAGUAUGGACACACUUUAGCUGCUGUUAGUGACACUUACACUGUCACAUUGUUUAAUAUGCACAGUGGGGAAGUCAUUUCUCAGCAUAGAGAACAUGAGAAAUCUGUGAAUGGUAUUGCCUGGGGUAGUGUAGGAGGAGAAGAAGUCAUCGUAACUGUUGGAUCUGGAGGGCGGAUGGUUGUAUGGCAAGCCAGAGAUAGUGUCACUCGAGUUCACUCUUUUCCGUACAUGAAUGAGUUGUCGUCUGUGGAAGUCAACCCAAAGGAUCCUUCCCAGGCUCUUGUGGCAGUGCUGAAAACUGUUCUUUUGGUCUCUCUUAAAGAUGGUAAGAUACUGACACAACUGAAGGGUCAUGAAUAUGAAAUCUACUGUGUGAAAUGGUACCUAGGCAGUGGGAGCCCCUUAGAGCCAGACCUCGCAGGAAAUAACAGCAGAGCCGAAGCCUUGUGUGAUAGCAGGACAAAAGAGAAGGUUUCCUCAGAAGAUAGUCCAGACAGGGGUUCCGAAUCAAAGAACUGGAGAGAAAACACAGUAUCUUCAAGCGAAACAGGUCCGUUCUUUGCAUCGUCUGAUUAUGGUCGCAACAUCCUUUUAUGGGAUGUGUCAGCCAAACGGUAUAUAGUCAGAGCCAAUGUACCUCAUUCAACAUCAGGCUUUAAAAAACAGAGCAAAGACAAAGUCCAUGGGAAGCAGCACAUCUCUUUAGGAUGGUAUGAUGGGAACCUCUACUCAUCCACUAUCAGAGGAGAGCUGCUCAGCUGGUCACUGUGGCCAGGUGGAGCAAAGUUCAAGUCACUACACCAUCUUCACAACCGGGCAAUAUACAACCUUGUGCUUGUUGGUGACAUUGCUGUGACAAGUGGACAGGACCGUUUUCUGCAAGGAUUUCAUUUGAAGAAGUCGAGCCAUAUGUUCCAAGUUCCUACUCUGGGUGCAUCUGCAACCACCCUCUCAUUUUGCCCGCAAGAUGUGAACAGAUUGGCAAUUGGAAGUUUGGAUAAUAACAUCAGACUGCUGAACUUUGGGAGUCCAAUACCACUUCAGACUCAGACUAUUUUCCAUAACAUUAAUGGAAAGGUUUUGUCAUUCUCUUGGCACCCAGUGCAUGAGGGUCGACUCCUAUUUGGCACUGCUACAGGGCAAGUGGGUUGGACUGAUGUAGCAUCAGGGCGAGUAACCACUUUUGCUUAUCACCAUCAGAAGUCAGUAUACAAGGUUGAAUGGGGCUUACCAGUUUGUCCUGAGAAAACAGGAUCAUCUGAGGAUUGGUAUGCAUACUCCUUUGGUGACAGAGAGAUAGUAAUGCGAAGCUCAUCAGACCCCAUGGCAGAUCCUGUUUGCCUUCAAAAGCUUGUGGCAGAGUCAGAGAUAAAUGCCUUGCCAAAAGAUGUGACAGAAUUUUCCUUCAGUCCUGACUACAAGUACCUUGCACUUGGUUCUCAGGAUGGUCAGGUGCGAGUGUAUCGAAGAGCUGACUUAUCCUUGGUGGUGACUCUGGCUGUGGUGAGGAAAACCAUCCAGCAUUUGUUGUGGCGUCCACCAAUGCAAAGCCAUUACUCUGAUGUCCUAGCUGUGGCAUCCAGUGAAAAGGAGAUAUACAUAUUUGAUAUGGAGAAAUAUCUACAGGAUGACAAAACUGGCAGUGUUGUUACCCAGGCCACACGUGAUCUUCAGGGGCACGAAUCACGUGUUGUAUGGUUAGCUUGGUCUCCUCAUGAAGAUGGAAUUCUUGCUUCUGCAUCAUAUGAUCACACUGUUCAGUUGUGGGAUACCAAAACAGGGGAGCCUAAAGUAAACUAUGGUGGCCAUCUCAACCGUGUCUUCAGAGUGGAAUUCAGCCCCUCUGAUCCUGAUCUAAUGUACAGUUUUGCUGAUGAAAAUAGUGUGCAUGUGUGGCGUCCAUCAGAACAGACAGCGAAGACGCCAGCAGAAAGAAGUGCAAAUUUGAAGGAUAUCCGAACCAAGAAACCAAAGGACAAGGAGACAGAGACAGCUGAAGAGACUCAGAGCAAAGCUGUUGAAUCAUCACUGUCUGCAGAGAAAAAAAAUGGGGGAACCAGUGUCACAAGUGGGACAAAAUCUACAAGUAUCAGUGCAGCAGCAAGUAAGAAAGGACAUUUUAAGUCGUUCUUCCCAAAGUUCCAUACUGUUUGCUCGAAGAAGAAGAGUUUCCACCACUUACUCUUAUUAAACUUGUUGAAUCAGACCAAGACUGCGGGAACUGGGAAUGGGCAUCUUGAAGAGCAAGUAGAAGAUCUAGAGGAUUUGGAAGAGGAACUGGAGGAAGAGAAGAAUUCAGAAGAGGAGGUAAAAGAAGGGAAAUUACCAGGCAUUAGAUCCUUGUGUGAAAAGUAUUCUUGUUUGCUGGAGAAAGAUACUGAGAUGCCUGAACCAGAAGACAUAGAAUAUGCCCUAAGUCUGUAUGGAAAUCCUGAUCAGAUUGAUGGACUCCUAGCUGCUGAAAUUGAUGCCCAUGAGAAGAAGGAGAAUACAAUCCAAGCAGGACUGAUCCACUGCUGGCAAGGCUCCUUGGCAGACCACAUUCGCCAGGCUGCUAAGCAGAGGAAGCUCAGCGAGUUUCUGGUGGCGUCUGCACCACAGGUCUCCAUGAAAUUAUGGCAAUUUGCUUGUGAGUCAUAUGCAGAACAGCUAAUUGAUGAAGGUGACAUCAUAACAGGUGCUUCAUAUCUUAUUAAUAUCCUCAAGGUUGAAGAAGCAAUCAACAUAUUACUCAAGCAUCAUUAUUAUCGAGAAGCUCUCGCUAUUGCAAAGAGUCGCUUAGGUUGCAAUGAAGAAAUAAUGAACAAAGUGGUGACAGCUUGGGCUGCUUCAGCAAUUUAUGAAGGAAGCUUUGAUGUUGCUGCAUUGCUCCAGUUGAGUAUUGGACAGGUGGAGUCAGCAGCCCGCGCUAUGGCUCGGAAGAGUGACGCAGGCUCUCUCUUUGUGGCUGCUAAAUUAUAUGCCGGUGCAGAGAAGGAUGAUCUUGCUAAAGCUAUGGGCCUCUUGGCUCUCAAAGAAGCCUCUCUCAAGCAUGAACAUGGGAAGAUUGAGUCAUUCCUCCAACAUCUCCCUGGGUUUGAUUGGUAUAAAGCAGUAUCAUCUUGCCAUAAUGUCUACUUGCAAAUACUACAACAAGUCAGUUCAGAAAUGGAAAGGGGAGAGAGAUACUUGAUAGGUGAUACUGCUGAAAAUAGAGAAGGUAACACCAAUGCAAAUGGAGAGAAGAAGGCAGAGUCCGCUGCUGCUUCUGUGCCAUUGGUUCUCCGGCCUCCUCUCGAGAGAAUCAGGGAGGACUGGAGCAAGAUAGGGAUUACCCAGGAGCAGUAUGGAGACUUAUAUGAGACUAUCACUCUCAAUUUCUCUAUGCAGCAAACUCCUACAAACGUGAAACAGCUGUGGUACCUGGUGACUGUAGCAACAUGCAAAAUGCUCACAAGUCCAAACAAAGAAGCUUGGGAGCAGCACCUGAAAACUGCUCUUGGUUAUGCUCUCUCUUGGGGGAAAGUUGACCAACUCUUCCAUCUUACACAUACUCUACUUCCAAGAGGAACCUCAGACCUGACAACUUUAGGUAAUCACUACUUGGAAGCAGAAGAGGCUGUGAGUCUACUGUGCUACAUGUACAACUACUCAGAAAUUUCUCUUCUGCACACUUUCCUGGAGUCAGAUGAAGCUUCAAGUGUUUUGAAAGUCCAGAAUUCCAGUGCAGAUCACCUUAAAGAUGAAAAUGAGAAAGAAGCUAACAAUGUACCUAUUACAGAUGAUGUUUCAGAGUCUCUUGAGAAUAGGAAUGUUGGUACUUUAGAAGCUCAGAUGGAGACCCUAAAUUUAGCCAAAGAUGCUGAUGGUCCAAGAAAGACAUUAGAAAUUAAUGCUAAGAAUCAAUUUUAUGUCCCACCACAGUCUUGCAAAGAACUGACUGCUAGAGUGCAUCACUAUUUGGAUCAUCUUGAGAAAGACUAUAAAACAUUACACAAUCUGGAUAGACUUAGUGCUAAAGUGUCUUGUGAUUCAGAAAAGUUUCUGGGGGAAAUAAUACUCAAGCUGAAAGAAAUAGGAAAAGUUGAAGAAGGAGACAUCGAAGCAUUAAGUCAGCGGUUAUCAGAAGUAGCUAGAGAUAACUCAUCAGAAUGAUAUGGUGCUAAUAAACUAGUUUAUGUAUAAUUCAGAUUUGCUUUCCUAGGAAUCCAAGGGAGAAUUAUGAUUUCAUCUAUAUAGAAACAAAGAAUCGGUUCAAAUACCACAAUGCAUAUUUCAGUUUAGCAGUAUUUAUUACAUUUUAUUUAUCAUAAGAAUUAAGUAUGUACAAUAUAAUAUUAUUCUGUAAGAAGCAUCAAAAUGUCAUAACAACAAAAUAUAUUUGACCAUAAACAUUCAUGGCUCUGAUUGUGUAAGAAUAUAUAAUCAAGAGAAAUUAUACAGUGUUGUUAGACAUGGUUGAACUUUGCACAAAUGUAUAUUGUGAGCCAGUAGAACUUUUUGAGGCAGUGGUACUUCAACUAGUAGAAAAGGGAGAAGCAGCAAAAUUACUGAAGAAAUCAGUUGAUAAUUAUCAGAGGCUGCUAAAUAUAAAUUGACAAAAAGAUGUGUUAACUCAUGGAGUAUGAAACUCAGAUUAGGAUGGGGAGCAUUAGAUUGUAAGCACAGUUCAGUUUUGAGUGUGUGUGUGUGUGUGUGUGUGUGUGUGUGUGUGUGUGUGUGUGUGUGUGUGUGUGUGUGUGUGUGUGUGUGUGUGUGUGUGUGUGUGUGUGUGU